AGGUACAAAAUUAGCACAAAAUGAAUUCCAAUCUUUUUCUUUGGACUCCCAAAAUAUGGAGGAGCUCAUAUUCACCUCCCGCCCUCCCUUACCUCAUCUCUCACAUAGCACUUUCUAGGGUUUUAUCAUUUCCUAUACAUUUACCCUAGGAUUUGCUUCUAUUCUUCCCUCUCGGUUUUCUUUUUUCUUUUUUCAUUGGGGGUAUUUCUAAGUGACUCAAUCACAAGCUUCAUGUUCACCUCAGGUAUAUUAUCAUCUAUAAUUUGCUUUGCCAAAUUAGCCAAAUGGGGUUAAAAGUUUCAAAGCAAGGGCCAGGGCAGGAUGAAGAACUUACCAUACAGCAUCAUCUGAUUAAUUAUAUCAGCACAAGUUGUUACAUCCGUAACAUGGUAUCUAAGCAACGAAGGCGCAUGCUUGUUGCUGGUUAUGAUCUUGACAUGUCAUAUAUCACAGAUCGUGUGCUUGCAAUGUCAUUCCCUGCAGAACGUAUGCGAGCAAUGUUUCGUAAUCCUCUUUGGCAGGUCAAGUCUGUGCUGGACAUGACACAUCAGGGUCAUUAUAAGAUUUACAAUCUUUGUAUAGAAGAAACUUAUGAUCCAUCAAAUUUUGAUGGCCGAGUGGAGUUAUAUCCUUUUGAUGACAACCAUGUUCCCCCUCUCCAACUGAUCAAGAUUUUCUGUGAAAGUGUACAUUCAUGGCUAUCAAGUGAUCCAAAAAAUAUUGUGGCUGUACACUGCAUGGCAGGCAAAGGUCGAACAGGCUUAAUGGUAUGUGCCUAUCUAGUGUACACUGGCAUGACUGGAGAUGCAGCUCUUCAGUUAUAUGCAGAUAGACGGACCACCAAUAAUGAAGGAGUCUCGAUACCAAGCCAACGCCGUUAUGUGGGAUACUGGGAGAGUAUACUUUCACCUCCUGGGGGAAAUACUAAUGGACUGCCAGAUGUGAAUUUGCCUGAACCAUGUAGCAGAGAAUUGUGGCGGAUUCGACUUUAUGACAUGGUUAAUGUUGACACAGUUUUCUUUGUGGUCUCAGAAAUGCAAGAGAUACCCAAUCAGCUGUACCGUCCAUCUGUGGAAGUUUUACGGAGUAGCUGCAGACAAGUUAAGAAGGGUUAUCAAAGAGGUAGCAGUCCACGGUAUUAUCUAUCCUUCAUUGGAGGUGAUGAAGAAGAAAAGGAAUUGGAGUUAAAAGAACCAAAUCGUGUCGUCCAAAUGGACACUGAAAAUGCCAUAAUCUACCAGAAAACAUGCCUUGACCAUUAUUUCGUUCAACCUUUACGUGUUACCGGUGAUGUGCGCGUCAUAUUCUACGAAAAAAUGUUUGGAGGUCGACUUUUCUAUUGUUGCUUCAAUACAGCUUUUAUUAGGAGCAGCUUGUUACAGCUCACUAUGGGGGAAUUGGAUAAAGUUGGGAAAAAAGGAAGAUCAAUAUGUGGGCCUGAUUUCUGCUUGGAGUUGCUAUUUGGUCCAGCUAAUGCAAAGCACUCAUUACGUUCUUCAUCUGAUGAAGAUGUUGCAAGUAAUGACUAGUUUUGAAAUCUUUACAGAGAUUUGUUUAAAAGAGAUCACAUUGGUUCAUUUUUACAAUUUCUUUAAAACAAGAAAAAAAAAUUUUAUUUAAAACACGUCUCCUCCUCGCAAAAUUUUCUCACAAAGUGGGCCAUUUUGUAAAUCCCUUUGGUGUUACUAACAGUAUACACCCUGAUGCAUCUGGCUGUCUUGCCGUCUAAUUUUUAAUUGGCGGAAGGCACUAGGAAUAAAACGACAUUUUUUUUUUUUAACAAUUCGAUAGUUUGGGAGGAGGGAUUUAAACCUUAGAUGUUUCCAUUGAAAACACUAGGUACUAAUAGAGCCACGAGGGUCUUGGCUGUCUUUUAGUUUUUCAGAGUGUAUUGCAGAAAUGAGAUUUUUUUCUUAACUUUUUGGUAGGUCUUAUCAAAUGUGAAUUUUGUUGUGGAUUUUUUUAUUUAUUUUUAGAUUG